CAGAAUUUGUUCAGUUCGAUUUAGCUGCCUCUGACAAACGGUUCGGUACUUUUCCUUCGAGAUAUCAGAGUUCGAUUAAAACGACGAAGAACAAAUUGCAAAAGAAAAAAAAAAUAAGAAAUCCCACAGUCACAGUGGAAAAGAAAAACUUCAACUAUCGAUAUAAUAGAAUCAAUCUUUCUCCGCGAAGUUCUUAAUUUAAUGGUGUUGCGCGUAACAUUCGCCCAUAACUGUGUGAACCCCGUGUGAAGUUUUUGUUAAUAUUCUAAACGACUUAAAUAUAAAAAUCAACUGUUAAAGUUAUUGUUAAAAUAAUAAUUUUUGAGCUAAGCUGUUCUUCAACAGGAAACUAGUAAUGAUGAAACAAGGAACUGAUCUCAUGUCCACGAUGAAUUAAAUUACGAACAAAAAACAGGCAAGGAAGAAAAACUAGGUGUGGAUGCCCUCGACAGAACCCUGUAAAAACACGUAUAUUUACUAAAAACAAAGAUCUUUAUAUAAUAUUUGCUUGAGCAAAACAAAAAACAAUAUUAUAUAUUUUAAAAACAUUUAAUUAUCACUACUGUUAUUGUUGUUGUUGUUGCCUGUUGCAUAUUUUCCAACGCAAAUUAAACUCACCAAAAUAUAACACCAGCUAUAAGUCCGGUUGAGUUAAACAAAAAUAGAACACCAGAAUCCUCGCGAAAAAAUAUCGUUGCGUGUGUUAGUUCAAACACACACACCCCCAACCACUACAAUCCCCUCCCGAGUGUUGUCGGCGGCAAUGCCGAAUAGUCGAAACAGUUCCUCAGCUGGUAAACAAUUCGACAUAUCACCCCGUGAAAGUGGCGACGAUUCGGAAGAUGAGAGUGAAAUCCUGGAGGAAAGCCCAUGCGGUCGAUGGCUCAAGCGCCGCGAGGAAGUCGAUCAGCGAGAUGUGCCUGGUAUCGAUUGUGUCCACCUGGCGAUGGACACCGAAGAGGGUGUCGAAGUUGUGUGGAAUGAAAUGCAGCUAUCGGCGAAAACAGAUUUGAAACAACAAGAAACUCAAAUUCGUCAGAUGUUUGAAAAUCUUCUUCAUCUGGAUCACGAGAACAUAGUAAAGUUUCAUCGUUACUGGACAGAUAUGAAAAGUGACAAACCUAGAGUCAUAUUUAUAACAGAGUAUAUGUCAUCUGGUUCAAUGAAACAGUUCCUGAAACUUACCAAACGGAAAGCUAAACGACUGCCUCUACAAGCAUGGAGAAGAUGGUGUACGCAAAUUCUAUCAGCACUAAGUUACUUGCAUUCCUGUACGCCGCCAGUUAUACAUGGCAAUUUAACCUGUGAUACGUUAUUUAUUCAACAUAAUGGCUUAGUAAAAAUCGGUAGUGUAGUUCCCGAUGCAAUUUAUUUCAAUGUGAAGAAAAGUAAAGAAGUCAACAGCAGACAUCUAAUGGCGCCCGAGUAUGAGCGAAAUUUAUCACCUGCUGUGGAUAUUUAUUCCUUUGGUAUGUGUGCAUUAGAAAUGGCAGCUUUAGAAAUCCAACAAAAUACUGACUCGACUUCUGUGAAUGAAGAGAGCAUCCUGCGUACCAUCAAUAGUCUGGAAUGUGAACUUCAAAGAGACUUAAUAUUUAAGUGUCUAAAAAGAAAUCCAGACGAACGUCCUAGUGCCCAUGAGUUGUUGUUUCAUCCGUUGAUAUUUGAGGUGCAUUCGUUGAAGUUACUCUCUGCACAUUGCUUAGUCUUUUCACCGAAAAAUAGAACACAAUUCUCCGAAACGAUAAUCGAUGAAAUGAUGCAAAGGUGCAGCCAACCAGAUAUUAUAUUGGGUAGAAUUCCAAGCAAAUCAGGCGAAGAACUUUGCUAUCGGUUAGCCGAUGUGCCAUCUGCGGAUAAACUGGAAAAAUUUGUCGAAGAUGUCAAAUUUGGAGUUUAUCCAUUGACUGCAUUUGCUUCAAAGAAGGCCUGGCAGUUCAGAUCACGAGCUGUAUCACCUGAAGCAGCCGAUUCAGUGAAAUCGGUUUCACCCGAGCCGGUUGAUAUAGAAACCCGAAGAAUUGUUAACAUGAUGUGUAGUGUUAAGGCGAAAGAAAAUAGCAAAGAUUUGGCGAUGACGAUACUUCUUCGCAUGGAUGACAAAAUGAAUCGCCAACUUACUUGUCAAGUAACAGAGACUGACACUGCUGCUGACCUAACCAGCGAACUGGUGCGAUUGGGUUUUGUACAUCUUGAGGAUCAAGAUAAAAUCUGUAACCUUCUAGAAGAUACGCUUCGUGGUGGUUUUGGCAGUCAGCAACAAACAAUCGUAGAAAAUAGUGCUUUAAAUGAACCAUCUAGUGAUAGUGGGAUCAAAAGUGUCUCAUCAAAUCCGACGGCAGCUGUCGAACGUAAUUGGUCUGUUGCUGAUACAGAGUCUCCAUCCAAUCCGACAGCUGGCGGUGCUGGAAGUAAUGAGCAAACGCCAUCUAGUUCUGGAGGCUUAACUACAGAUUUUUCCACACCAACAGCGAGCAGCAGUCAAUCGACAGAACAUUACCUUGGUCAAGAUCAGUUGAGCAAUGUGCCUCUUCCUCAACAGCAGCCACAACAACAACAACACCAACAAAAUCUACAACAGCAAAUACCGCAAAUGAGUAGUGAUCCACAACAACAACAACAACAAGAACAACAACAACAUGAAUAUCAAAAUACAAUUGUUUCUUCCACCACCGAUGUUGGCAAGCAACAACAUUCAUCGCAGCAUCCACAAAAUACGCAGCAAUAGCAAUUUAUUAUUUAUUUCUACAACAAAUUCAUCAAAGAAAAAAAACAUAAGAGAUAAAUUUAAAUUAAAAACAAAAACAAAAAUCAUCAAAUGAAAAACAGCCACACAACUAUUCGCAGUUAUGCCAGUGAUUAUUCUUGAUAAGAAAUAAAAAUUAAAAAUAAAUUAUUAAAAGCAUUAGGUAUUAUUGAAUUAAAAAUAUAUAAUAAAAAAAUAAUAAUAAAUUAAAAGAAAAACAACCUAAGCUAAGCAUUCAUACUAUUAUUGAUUAUAUAAUACAAUUUAUUAUUAAAACAAAAAAGACAACAAACGCAGAAAUAGUAAACAAAAAAAAGCAAACACAUCAAUAUAUGUAUGCAAAUAAAUAUAAUAUAUUUUUACACAUUUCUUUCAAAUCAUUGAAAUAAUUAUUAUUAUUAUUCCCGGUAUCUGCACACAGAAUAGGAAUUCGUCUGUUUUAAACAAAAAUAAAAUUAUAAAAUUAAAUUAAAUUAUAUCAAAGUAAAACAAAAACUUAACUUACCAACUUAAGAAGACAACAACAAAAAUAUAAAACUUAUAAAAAAAUACAUGUAACUAAUAUAGGAAGAAAACAAAACAAAAAUCAACAUUAUAUAAAAAAACAAAAAACAAAAACUCUAUGAAGAAAUUAAUCAGUAAUAAUAUAAUUAUUAUAUUUGUGCGUGCGCUGCGCUGCGGCAAACAAAAACAAAUGAGAAAUAAGUAUUUAAACAAAAACAAAGCCACUAAAUUACAGAUUUAAAUAAUAGUACAUACAUAACCAAUUAAUGUUUAAUAGGAAUUUUUAGCGAAAAACAAGAAAGAAAAAAAUAUAAUAAUUAUUAUUCCCAUAAUAAUAGUUAUACUAUAUAAAUAUAUGUACACAGAAGUAUGAGAAAACAAAAACAUUACAUUUAAUCAUUUUUAUAUGCUAAUAUGAAAACAAAAAUUUAAUAACAAUAUUAUUAAAACAAAACAGAGUGGAGGACAUAGAAGAGAAGAGAGAACGAAAGAGAGACCGUAUUGUCUUAGAACUUAGAUAGUGAGAAUCGACAUUUAAUGUCGACUAAAAGCAGUGCGGCAGCGGCGCGGCGUGGCGGUGGCUAGAGCGCAACAGCUUUAGAAAUGGAGAGAUACGAACAGAGUAAAGAUUUUAAAUAAUAAAUAUUAUUGCCUUCUA